AUGGCGACUUAUCUCUUCAUACCCGAACCCGAGACAAACAGGCACUUCCACGUAGUAAAUCAGAAUCUACUUUCUGUAUCUGGAACUGCAGUUCUAGCUUCAACUGAUGGAAGUGCUAAAUUUACAGUCUCUAUUGGCACAAACCCUCAAGUGAGUUAUUGGAUUCUUGGAACUGAUUAUGAAGAGUAUGCUCUUGCGUAUAGCUGUCAAAAUGUGGACAGUAACCAACAAGAGGUUUUUAGUUGGAAGCUUAGUCGCUCCAGCGCACUUGAUGUGGAAUCAAAUAACAAAAUCAACAGUAUAAUCAGCAGUAUCUCGUCACCAGUAUUGGACAACAACCUUUUCGAAAAUGCAGACCAAUCUGACGCAGCUUGCUUCUACUAUCCCAAUAUCCCACAAAACGAACCUGUUAUAUUUCCUGGGCAAUGUGAUCCUAAUAUAAAUGUUGUCAGUAGCUUAAAUUUGACCGAAUUUCAAGGGGAAUGGGUCUUGAUCCAAACAUAUUACUCUGAGCGGCAAUCAGGAACCUGCAACCGAGCCGAAUAUACAGCAACCGGAAAUGGUUUGACCGUGGUGAACAGUCACGUGGUGAACCAAAACCGGCUCUCAGUUUCGGGAACAGCGACAUCUCCAGCCAGUGAUGGAAAAUUAGUUGUAAACAUCGGCUCAAAUCCAGCUGUCAAUUAUUGGAUUCUUGGAACAAAUUAUGAAACGUACGCUCUGGCUUACAGUUGUGAAAAUAUAGACAGUAACAGACGAAGAGUUUGGAGCUGGAAACUAAGUCGGACAACUUCGUUAAGAGAUGAAGACGCUCAAGCUAUAAACAGUCUAAUGAGCAACGUAGACGUCCUGGACCAACGAUACUUCCAAAACGCAGACCAAUCUGACGCAGCUUGCUUCUACUAUCCCAAUAUCCCACAAAACGAACCUGUUAUAUUCCCUGGGCAAUGUGAUCCUAAUAUAAAUGUUGUCAGUAGCUUAAAUUUAACCGAAUUUCAAGGGGAAUGGGUCUUGAUCCAAACAUAUUACUCUGAGCGGCAAUCAGGCACCUGCAACCGAGCCGAAUAUACUGCAACCGGAAAUGGUUUGACCGUGGUGAACAGUCACGUGGUGAACCAAAACCGGCUCUCAGUUUCAGGAACAGCGACAUCUCCAGCCGGUGAUGGAAAAUUAGUUGUAAACAUCGGCUCAAAUCCAGCUGUCAAUUAUUGGAUUCUUGGAACAAAUUAUGAAACGUACGCUCUGGCUUACAGUUGUGAAAAUAUAGACAGUAACAGACGAAGAGUUUGGAGCUGGAAACUAAGUCGGACAACUUCGUUAAGAGAUGAAGACGCCCAAGCUAUAAACAGUCUAAUGAGCAACGUUGACGUCCUGGACCAACGAUACUUCCAAAACGCAGACCAAUCCGACGCAGCUUGCUUCUACUAUCCCGAUAUCCCACAAGGAGAACCUGUUAUAUUCCCUGGACAAUGUGAUCCUAACAUAAAUGUUGUCAGCAGCUUGAAUUUAACCGAAUUCCAAGGAGAAUGGGUACUGAUCCAGACGUAUUUCUCCGAGCGGCAAUCAGGCACUUGCAACCGUGCCCAAUACGGUCUAAACGGAAAUGUAUUGAGCGUGGUGAAUAGUCACGUGGUGAACCAGAACCUUCUCUCAGUUUCGGGAACAGCAACAUCUCCGUCUGGUGAUGGGAAAUUAGUUGUUAACAUCGGCUCAAAUCCAGCUGUCAAUUAUUGGAUUCUAGGAACAAAUUAUGAUACGUACGCACUGGCUUACAGCUGCCAAAAUUUAGAAAACAACAGACGAAGAGUUUGGAGCUGGAAGCUAAGUCGGACAACUUCGUUAAGAGAUGAAGACGCUCAAGCUAUAAAUAAUCUAAUGAGCAACGUAGAUGUCUUGGACCAACGAUACUUCCAAAACGCAGACCAAUCCGACGCAGCUUGCUUCUACUAUCCCGAUAUCCCACAAGGAGAACCCGUUAUAUUCCCUGGACAAUGUGAUCCUAAUAUAAAUGUUGUCAGUAGCUUGAAUUUGACCGAAUUCCAAGGGGAAUGGGUAUUGAUCCAGACGUAUUUCUCCGAGCGGCAAUCAGGCACCUGCAACCGUGCCGAAUACGCUCUAAAUGGAAAUGUUUUGAGCGUGGUGAAUAGCCACGUGGUGAACCAAAAUCGACUCUCAGUUUCGGGAACAGCAACAUCACCGUCUGGAGACGGGAAAUUAGUUGUUAACAUCGGCUCAAAUCCAGCUGUCAAUUAUUGGAUUCUAGGAACAAAUUAUGAUACGUACGCACUGGCUUACAGCUGCCAAAAUUUAGAAAACAACAGACGAAGAGUUUGGAGCUGGAAACUAAGUCGGACAACUUCGUUAAGAGAUGAAGACGCUCAAGCUAUAAAUAGUCUAAUGAGCAACGUAGACGUCCUGGACCAACGAUACUUCCAAAACGCAGACCAAUCCGACGCAGCUUGCUUCUACUAUCCCGAUAUCCCACUAGGAGAACCUGUUAUAUUCCCUGGACAAUGUGAUCCUAAUAUAAAUGUUGUCAGUAGCUUGAAUUUGACCGAAUUCCAAGGGGAAUGGGUAUUGAUCCAGACGUAUUUCUCCGAGCGGCAAUCAGGCACCUGCAACCGUGCCCAAUACGGUCUUAGCGGAAAUGUGUUGAGCGUGGUGAAUAGUCACGUGGUGAACCAGAACCUUCUCUCAGUUUCGGGAACAGCAACAUCUCCAUCUGGAGAUGGGAAAUUAGUUGUUAACAUCGGCUCAAAUCCAGCUGUCAAUUAUUGGAUUCUAGGAACAAAUUAUGAUACGUACGCACUGGCUUACAGCUGCCAAAAUUUAGAAAACAACAGACGAAGAGUUUGGAGCUGGAAACUAAGUCGGACAACUUCGUUAAGAGAUGAAGACGCUCAAGCUAUAAAUAGUCUAAUGAGCAACGUAGAUGUCCUGGACCAACGAUACUUCCAAAACGCAGACCAAUCCGACGCAGCUUGCUUCUACUAUCCCGAUAUUCCACAAGGAGAACCCGUUAUAUUCCCUGGACAAUGUGAUCCUAACAUAAAUGUUGUCAAUAGCUUGAAUUUGACCGAAUUCCAAGGGGAAUGGGUACUGAUCCAGACGUAUUUCUCUGAGCGGCAAUCAGGCACCUGCAACCGUGCCCAAUACGGUCUAAACGGAAAUGUAUUGAGCGUGGUGAAUAGUCACGUGGUGAACCAGAACCUUCUCUCAGUUUCGGGAACAGCAACAUCACCGUCUGGUGAUGGGAAAUUAGUUGUUAACAUCGGCUCAAAUCCAGCUGUCAAUUAUUGGAUUCUAGGAACAAAUUAUGAUACGUACGCACUGGCUUAUAGCUGCCAAAAUUUAGAAAACAACAGACGAAGAGUUUGGAGCUGGAAGCUAAGUCGGACUACUUCGUUAAGAGAUGAAGACGCUCAAGCUAUAAAUAAUCUAAUGAGCAACGUAGAUGUCCUGGACCAACGAUACUUCCAAAACGCAGACCAAUCCGACGCAGCUUGCUUCUACUAUCCCGAUAUCCCACUAGGAGAACCUGUUAUAUUCCCUGGACAAUGUGAUCCUAAUAUAAAUGUUGUCAGUAGCUUGAAUUUGACCGAAUUCCAAGGAGAAUGGGUACUGAUCCAGACGUAUUUCUCGGAGCGGCAAUCAGGCACCUGCAACCGUGCCCAAUACGGUCUUAACGGAAAUGUAUUGAGCGUGGUGAAUAGUCACGUGGUGAACCAGAACCUUCUCUCAGUUUCGGGAACAGCAACAUCUCCGUCUGGAGAUGGGAAAUUAGUUGUUAACAUCGGCUCAAAUCCAGCUGUCAAUUAUUGGAUUCUAGGAACAAAUUAUGAAACGUACGCUCUGGCUUACAGCUGCCAAAAUUUAGAAAACAACAGACGAAGAGUUUGGAGCUGGAAACUAAGUCGGACAACUUCGUUAAGAGAUGAAGACGCUCAAGCUAUAAAUAGUCUAAUGAGCAACGUAGAUGUCCUGGACCAACGAUACUUCCAAAACGCAGACCAAUCCGACGCAGCUUGCUUCUACUAUCCCGAUAUCCCACAAGGAGAUCCCGUUAUAUUCCCUGGACAAUGUGAUCCUAAUAUAAAUGUUGUCAGUAGCUUGAAUUUGACCGAAUUCCAAGGGGAAUGGGUACUGAUUCAGACGUAUUUCUCCGAGCGGCAAUCAGGCACUUGCAACCGUGCCCAAUACGGUCUAAACGGGAAUGUAUUGAGCGUGGUGAAUAGUCACGUGGUGAACCAGAACCUUCUCUCAGUUUCGGGAACAGCAACAUCACCGUCUGGAGAUGGGAAAUUAGUUGUUAACAUCGGCUCAAAUCCAGCUGUCAAUUAUUGGAUUCUAGGAACAAAUUAUGAUACGUACGCUCUGGCUUACAGCUGCCAAAAUUUAGAAAACAACAGACGAAGAGUUUGGAGCUGGAAGCUAAGUCGGACUACUUCGUUAAGAGAUGAAGACGCUCAAGCUAUAAAUAAUCUAAUGAGCAACGUAGAUGUCCUGGACCAACGAUACUUCCAAAACGCAGACCAAUCCGACGCAGCUUGCUUCUACUAUCCCGAUAUCCCACUAGGAGAACCUGUUAUAUUCCCUGGACAAUGUGAUCCUAAUAUAAAUGUUGUCAGUAGCUUGAAUUUGACCGAAUUCCAAGGAGAAUGGGUACUGAUCCAGACGUAUUUCUCGGAGCGGCAAUCAGGCACUUGCAACCGUGCCCAAUACGGUCUAAACGGAAAUGUAUUGAGCGUGGUGAAUAGUCACGUGGUGAACCAGAACCUUCUCUCAGUUUCGGGAACAGCAACAUCUCCGUCUGGAGAUGGGAAAUUAGUUGUUAACAUCGGCUCAAAUCCAGCUGUCAAUUAUUGGAUUCUAGGAACAAAUUAUGAUACGUACGCACUGGCUUACAGCUGCCAAAAUUUAGAAAACAACAGACGAAGAGUUUGGAGCUGGAAACUAAGUCGGACAACUUCAUUAAGAGAUGAAGACGCUCAAGCUAUAAAUAGUCUAAUGAGCAACGUAGACGUCCUGGACCAACGAUACUUCCAAAACGCAGACCAAUCCGACGCAGCUUGCUUCUACUAUCCCGAUAUCCCACUAGGAGAACCUGUUAUAUUCUCUGGACAAUGUGAUCCUAAUAUAAAUGUUGUCAGUAGCUUGAAUUUGACCGAAUUCCAAGGGGAAUGGAUCCUGAUCCAGACGUAUUUCUCUGAACGACAAUCAGGCACCUGCAACCGAGCGGAAUAUACUCUAAACGGAAAUGUAUUGAGCGUGGUGAAUAGUCACGUGGUGAACCAGAACCUUCUCUCAGUUUCGGGAACAGCGACAUCUCCGACUGGUGAUGGAAAAUUAAUUGUAAACAUCGGCUCAAAUCCAGCUGUCGAUUAUUGGAUUUUAGGAACAAACUAUAAUUCGUACGCACUGGCUUAUAGCUGUCAAAAUUUAGAAAACAACAGACGAAGAGUUUGGAGCUGGAAACUAAGUCGGACAACUUCGUUAAGAGAUGAAGAUGCUCAGGUUAUAGAUAGUCUAAUGAGCGACGUAAAUGUCCUGGACCAACGAUACUACCAAAACGCAGACCAAUCUGACGCAGCUUGCUACUACUCUAAUGACAUCUCACUAGGAGAACCUGUUAUAUUCCCCGGACAGUGCGAUCCCAACAUAAGUGUCGUCAGUAACUUGAAUUUAACCGAAUUCCAAGGAGAAUGGGUCCUGAUUCAGACGUAUUUCUCCGAGCGGCAAUCAGGCACUUGCAACCGUGCCCAAUACGCUCUAAGCGGAAAUGGUUUGACCGUGGUGAAUAGUCACGUGGUGAACCAAAACCGGCUCUCAGUUUCAGGCACAGCCACAUCUCCGUCUGGUGAUGGAAAAUUAGUUGUUAACAUCGGAUCAAAUCCAGCUGUCGAUUAUUGGAUUCUAGGAACAAACUAUGAAUCAUACGCUCUGGCUUAUAGCUGUCAAAAUUUAGACAACAAUAGACAAAGAGUAUGGAGCUGGAAAUUAAGUCGGACAACUUCGUUAAGAGAUGAAGACGCUCAAGCUAUAAAUAGUCUAAUGAGCAACGUAGAUGUUCUGGACCAACGAUACUUCCAAAACGCAGACCAAUCCGACGCAGCUUGCUUCUAUUAUCCGGAAUUUGAGCCGAAUGAACCAGUUGUAUUCCCAGGACAGUGCGAUGUCAAUGUUCCUGUAGUCAGUAACUUUAACGUCUCCAGGUUCCAAAAUGAAUGGGUCUUAAUCUCCUCCUAUUACUCUGCGCGCCAAUCAGGAUCUUGCAACCGGGCUAAAUAUACUCUGGAUGGAUCUGUUCUGAACGUGGUAAACAGUCACGUGGUGAAUGAAACGCUUCUUUCUGUAUCAGGGACCGCCACAGUCGUCUCUAGUGGAAAGCUUGUAGUAAACAUUGGAAGUAAUCCACCUGCUGAUUACUGGAUUCUCGACACUGACUACGACAACUAUGCUCUGGCAUAUUCUUGCGAAAACAUUAACAAUGCACAACGGAGAAUUUGGAGCUGGAAGCUAAGUCGUACCACAUACCUGACGAGCGAAGCGAAUCAAAACAUCGAAUCAGUCAUGAGCAACAUUGACGUGCUGGACAAUCGAUACUUCCAAUACGCUGAUCAGUCAGAUUCAGCUUGUUUCUACUUGCCGGAUAUUCCACUUGGAGAAGCUGUCAUAUUCCCUGGCCAAUGUGACCCAAAUAUUGCUGUCGUAUCUAACUUUAAUAUGACUGCUUUCCUUGGUGACUGGCGCCUCAUUUCAACGUACUAUACCCACCGGCAAUCCGGCACUUGCAACAUGGCAAGUUACUCCUUCUCUGGUAACACUAUCCGAGUUGUGAACAGUCACAUCGUAAACCAAAACCACAUGUCUGUAUCAGGAACUGUUGUAUUAGCGAGUACCGACGGCAGCGGCAAACUUAAUGUCUCGAUAUCACGCCGCACUGUCGACUACUGGAUCCUAACAACAGAUUACGAAAAUUAUGCCCUUGCAUAUAGCUGCAGCAACUUACAAAACAAUCAGCGAAGAGUUUACAGUUGGAAGCUCAGCCGAUCCAGGACUAUGUCAGCCCCAGGAAAUACAGCAAUCGAUAACGUUAUCAAUAACGUGAACGUGCUAAACGAGCGCUACUUUGAAAACGCAAAUCAAACCGAUGCCGGUUGCUUCUACUUCCCACGAGUAAACCCGGAUGCACCAGUUAUCUUCCCUGGUCAAUGUGACUUGGGUGUCCGAGCGGUAUACAACUUUAAUGUAUCAGCGUUCCUGGGAGUUUGGCACGAAAUUGAAAUAUAUCCGACUGGACUGGAUAAUGAACAAUGCGCUACCCAAGAUUACAUUCAACAGUCGGCGACGUCGUUCACUUUGGCAGCCAGAUACGUAAAUAACGGGGUACAAGGAUCAUACAACUGGUUAUUAGAACGCAGCGCUAGCGAUACUACAGGAUCCUUUAUAGCCACCAUUCAAACCCCUAGCAUGAGUAUAUCGUUCCCGUUCUGGAUUAUUGAUACGGAUUAUAACAAUUAUGCGUUGGCAUAUGCAUGCGCUAAUAUGGAUGCAUAUUCGAGAAGAGUUUACAGUUGGAAACUCAGCAGAUCAAAGCAGCUAUCAGCUGCGUCAAACGCAGCUAUUACAUCCUCAAUGGAAAAUAUCCAAGUACUAGAUCAAAGAUACUUCAAGACUCUGAACCAAUCUGACGCCGCUUGCUUCCACCUUCCUGAAUUCGGUGAAGGUCAAACGGUUGUACUGCCUGGUCAAUGUGAUGUUAAUAUACCGGUAGUUGCCGAUUUUGAUGUGGAAAAAUACUCAGGCACAUGGUAUCAAAUUGAAAGAUACCCUCAGCGAUUUGAGAGUGGCGAUUGCACGGGAGCAAGAUAUACAUUGAACGGUGACGUUGUUACUCUAUUGAACUGGCAACGAAUCGAUGGAGUAUUGGAUACGAUUGAAGGAAAUGCUACGAUCAUAUCUACUGAUGGCAGCGCUAAACUGCGAGUCACUUUGCCAUCGCGAGCUCCUAACGCAUCUCCAAACCAAGUGAGCACGAUGGACCUGUACGUUCUGACCACAGACUACAACACGUAUUCUCUGGCCUAUUCUUGUGUGAACGUGGACGCACACCAUCGUGCGCUCGGUGCAUGGAAGCUCAGUCGCAGUAGAACUAUGAGCGCAGACGGUAAUAACGCCAUCAACGCCUACAUGGCAAAUCGCCAAGAGCUCGAAAAUAGGUAUUUCAUCAGAGUAGAACAAAACGACUCCUGCCCUGAACCCAGCUCAGCCAUAAUUUACAAGAGCAGCAUCACAGUAUUAUUCAUAUUGUGCCUAGCCCUUUUCAACAUCUCCUAGAUUUUAAAUUAGUGAUAGGUAUUGUGAAAUUUUAUUAAGAGUUCAAAAGAUUGUAUUAUCUAAUCAGUUUAA